UUUAGGUCAAAACUCUUGAGAACUUAGGAGGGUGGUGGGGGGAAAUUACACAUUUCUUCUAUAACAGCGGAACACUUAGUAAUAGGAAGGGGGUAAGAGGACUUCACUGGGUAGGGGACGACGGUGGCGCCACUGUUCUUAUUCAGAAAUAGGAGAAGAACGAGAUCAAGCUUCCCUCUCCCAUUGUUGAAAGUGAAAGAGAUGGGACGGACAGAAAGUGGACAGCAUAGCGUGACACACAACAACAAUCCACUUAUGCUUCGAGACGACCCAGUUUUCGUCCAUAUAGUUAGUCCAGCUGCACGGAAUACCGUGACGAUGGAUGUCCCUCAACCAUUUGUUAAGCGUUUCAUGGGGGGGGGAUUAUGCAACGAGGGGAAAUAUCAAGUUAUAUGGAUUGGAGAGAUGCGUGCAAGUGGGGAGUUGCAGUUCAUAGGGAGGGAAAUGUAGUUCAGUUUAGAAAAGGGUGGGAGGUAUUUGUUGCUGAUAAUAUGGAUGAGGAGUGGUUGAUGGUGAUGUUUAGGUACAAGGGUGGUAUGGAAUUUUCAGUGACAAGAUUUGACCAUCGAGGUGAUCUUCAGUUUAAGGCUCCAGAGGGGAAAUGGGCGAAGGGAUCACCACCUGGAAUCCCUGGUUUUUAUCCAUGCUUCAUCGUACUGGUUACGCCAAAUCGAACAAAUAACGCUGAUGUGGCCUGCAUAUUGAGGGUGUGACAGGGACGUCGUGGCCUGCAACGCUGAUGGUGCGUGGAGGCAGGAAGGUUAUAUGUGGAGGAUGGAAUCAGUUUGUGAAAGACAAUUUUGGGGAUUACUCGAAAUGGUGUAUUCUGACUUUGGAAUCUCCUUGUAACUUCCGUGCAAGGAUAUUCAGCAACUAUGGGGGGCUAGCAUCCCUUGCAAACAUGACGGUGCUUGCAAAUCAGUUGGAUGAGUUGUUUGUGGAUAAUCUACUGUCGAUUCAAUCUGCAUAUGAGGAUGUCAGUAGUGAUGGAACUAUGUCAACUGACAUGGAGGAUGUCAAUAGUGACGGAACUAUGUCAAUCGACAUGGAGGAUGUUAGUUCAGUGGAUGAGGGUCAAGAGUCAGCUGGGGAGGAUCCUAGUUCUGUUGACGUGUACUCACCUAACGAAGAAAGUUCGGAUGAAGAUGGGGAGCUGCCUUCUUGUGAAAUGAGAAUCAGAAAAUAUAAUUAUGGGCAACUGCCGACGAAGUUUGUGACCGCUCACUUUAAAGAGAAAAAACCAUUUUGGUGUGACAUUAGGGUACCUGAUGGCAGAUCAUGGCGGGUUCAUUUCAUCUGAUCUAAUAAGACAAUGAGGUUUAUAGCGGGAUUCCCGGAUUUCAUGAAGGGGUAUGGUCUGGUCAACGAUGACCGAUGCGUGGUGGCAUAUCGUGGACAGCGGGUCUUCCUCAUAUGGAAGACAACAAGGUAAGAAGUUGGACAAUUUGAUUUUGUAGGUAAUAUUAAUAUUAACAUCCAUGUUGGUUGCAGCCCUGGGACAAUGUGUUAUGUGGUCUAUGUCGCAGUAUUUUAAACAACAUUUCAGACAAUUUUCUUAUCCUACUUCUCCCUUCCCCCAUGUAGUUAACUUGUGUCGCAAUAUUUUGAAUAGGAAUCCUACUUUUGCAUUUAUAUUUACUCUGUUAUGAGCAGUUA